ACAGUUUGAAUGGCCACGCCUCCCUUGUAAUUGCUCACCUGCGACGUCUAGCUGCUAUCCUAACUACUGUUGUUCUAGCAUGUGUUUCCCCUCUGGUGAUGUACAAAAUUUAAGAAGAGAGUUGUGUCACCUGAUGAAUAUUUUAUUCUUCUGCAGGGCUUCAGCUUCUUGACAUUCUGCCAAAAUUAAGAGAACAGGAGGAUGAAGACUUGAUUAUUCAAUGUGAAGCGUUUGUAGAGGCAAUGGCUGAAGAUGAGGAGGAGCUGCUGCGAAUGAACGGUGGCAUCGACAUGAGCAAUCACCUGGAGGUCUUCACCACUCUCUUCAACAAGGUGAGCAGCUCCCCAGCUUCCCUCCAGCUGCUAUCCAUUCUGCAGACGCUUCUCCUGCUGGGGCCAAGCCGCUCUGAUAUCUGGCUUGCCCUGGAGGCCAUCACAAACCGAGCCAUUUUGUUGGCCCAAGACUCUCAGAUGGGGUGCUUUGAGAAGAUCAUGGAGCGCCUGACGUUCUGCAAGGGCAAGAGCUGUGAGAGACGCGACGAAGUGGACGGUCAGACAGUCAGGGUAGACAAGGCUGUGCAGACUGGUCAUGAGGAACAAAACCAGGUGAAUAAACGUUCAGUGUCAUUUCGGACGUCACUAGUUGCUGCUCCACCUCUUCCAAGUUUGAACUGGCCCCGAGGUUCUAUACAGUGUCCACCACCUGCACCACCCCCUCCUCCACUUCCUGGAGCACUUGGUGGGCCUCCACCACCCCCACCCUUACCUGGUAUGGUGCCUCCACCACCACCUCCACCAUUACAUUGCGGUCCAGGCAUGGCUGCCCCACCGCCUCCACCACCCCUGCCCGGCAUGAGCAACGGACCACCGCCUCCACCACCCCUGCCCGCCAUGAGCAACGGACCACCGCCUCCACCACCCCUGCCCGGCAUGAGCAACGGACCACCGCCACCACCUCCCCUAUUUGGCAUGCCACCCCCUCCACCGCCACCCUCGGGUCUGAUUGUGGCUCAGAGCAGCUAUGCAUUGGGCUGCAGCACCCCUGCAAAGGCGAGCCGAUGUCCCACUCUGAGGAUGAAAAAGCUCAAUUGGCAAAAGCUCCGAUCUGUUGCUGAUGGUCACUCCAUGUGGGCUUCAGUUCAGAAAGAGCCUUCUCCUCACGAGCCGGACUAUAGCAGUAUCGAGCAGCUGUUCUGUCUCCCGGUGACCGAGCACAAAGACAAGGGGGCAGCUGCUCCUGUCAAGAAGGAGCCUAAAGAGAUAUCUUUCAUUGAUCCCAAGAAAAACUUGAAUCUCAACAUAUUCCUGAAGCAGUUCAAAUGCUCAAAUGAGGACUUUGUGGCGAUGAUUCAGAAAGGUGACAGAAGCAGGUUCGAUGUGGAGGUGCUAAAGCAGCUCCUGAAGCUCCUGCCAGAGAAACAUGAGAUUGAAAAUUUGAAGUCUUUCCAAGGAGAGAAGGAGAAGCUUGCGAAUGUCGAUCGUUUCUUCACAUCACUCCUUACUGUCCAGUGUUAUCAUCUAAGGAUUGAGUGCAUGUUGUUGUGUGAGGAGACCGUGUCAGUUUUGGACAUGCUCCAACCUAAAGCCAAGCUGGUGGAGGAAGCCUGUCACUCUCUCAGGACGAGCACGCUCGUGCCCACUUUCUGCAGGCUCAUUCUUGACGUGGGCAAUUUUCUCAACUAUGGAAGUCACACAGGGAACGCCGAGGGGUUUAAGAUCAGCUCGCUUCUCAAGCUUACAGAGACCAAGGCCAACAAGAGCCGCAUUACAUUACUUCAUCACAUUCUAGAGGAAGCAGAAGUGAGCCAUCCAGAGCUGUUGGAAUUACCUGGGGACAUUGAGAGCUGUGAAAAGGCUGCGGGGGUCAAUCUGGAAUCUAUCCAGUCUGAAGCAAACGCCUUACUGAAACGACUGAAUGAGACAGCCAAGAAAGUCUCCAACUCUGUGGAGGAGUUGAAGGAGCAAUAUGCAAAAGUUCUCGAGGAAAAUCUGGAGUCUUGUCGAGCUUUGAGUGAAAGGUUCGCUAACAUCGACAAGACGAAGAGUGAACUCGCUGUCUACUUGUGCGAAGAUGCAAAUCAGCUGUCGCUAGAAGAACUUUUUGGAACGAUCAAGACUUUCCGAGGACUUUUCAUCAAGGCGCUGAAGGACAAUAAGACCAGAAAAGAGCUGGCAGCCAAGGCUGAGAAGAGAAAGCAACAACUGGCAGAGGAAGAAUCCAAGAGACAGAGAGGAGGGGAUGGAAAAAUAAUCAAAAAAGGCUUUGUGCCACAGGACGACGGCUGCAUAAUCGACCACUUGCUGGCGGACAUCAGGAAAGGUUUCAGCCUAAGAAAGACUAGGCCAAGGUGCGAUUCGGAAAGCCCCCACUCUAGUGAAAUGCGUAGGGAUACCCGCGCACCUGGGUCAAGUGUGAAGCCUGCAGGCGAAGAAGUCGUAGACAUAGCCAGCAUUUCCGCCUCCACCACACCUCCAACAGGGGAUCACCAAGAGAGGCCAGGCGAGGUGAACGGCUUCAUCAAUCAGCCAGGAGAGACUCCUUCGCCGUCUCAGGUUGCUACACUCGACCAAACCCCAGGACAAGCAGCCAAGACAACGCCGGCACCCCCGGAAAGGCCGACGUCGCUACAGGAGGGUCUCAGCUCGACGACGCCUACAAUAACACAAACUAACCCUCGGGCGGAUCAUCAGCCGCUUCUUCUCACGGAUGGUUUUUCAGUAGAUUCAACUGAAACCAGUGUCUUCAGCCCAUCCUCCAUGUCAGACACUGACCUAACAGAGGCUGUAUUAGAUGAAACUUGCAGUUUGGCACCUGAGAAAUUACCACCUGAGGAGCCAGCAGAUACUACUGUGAAUGUUGACCUCACAGGAAGCAGACAAGCCAAUGAAAGAAAGGACAGUGAAACGAGUGGAGGACAAAAGUUGGGUCAUGAGUCGACCGUUGCAAAAACCCCCAUGCAGGAUGAAGUGGUGGGCAGAACGCGCUCCAAAAGCAAGGAGAAGACUCUUAAUGAGAGCAUCUUGGGGUGUGAUUUCAAGGUAGUUGAAACCGAAGAGGUGCCAGUGGCGUCUGAGGACGUGACAUCUUCACGUAAGGCCAACCCAAAGAAACUGCCAAGCGUCUGUAAACGCAACAAAAAGAAGAGUCCAGGUAAUCUACCCGUUAACUUAAAUAAAGGUCUUUGGAAUGCUAGUGUCUUGACAUGUCUUAAAGGAAGCUCUGUUUUGGCUUUAUUUGUGAUUGCACUCUAUAUUUUAUACUAUACAUGCGUUAUUUUAGUACAUGAGGCAUUUUCAAGAUGUACUUUUUUAAUUCAAGAGGAUCGCUGCGGAUUAUUUUAAAUGCAAAUAUGUUUAUCAAUGAUGCCAAUGGACCAUUUUAUUUGAAUGCUCUGUUUUUCGUUCUGACUCUCCUAAAACACAAGGUAACAGUGGGAAAGGACACAUUAAACCUAAAAAAGGCUGUGUGUUGCAGUGAGGUAGGUGAUGCACUGGGAUGGCUAACUGUAAGCAGGCACAUCAUCCUAAUAAACCCACUUGUCCAAACGUUGUGGCAAAUAACACCAUUUGUGGGUCUAACUGAGAUCUGGGUUUCAUUUGUCUUGUGUUGUCCAGCUUUUAACACUGUUUCAAAAAUGCUAUGUGACUCCAAACUUGGCAUUUAGUAUGCAACAAAAUGAUAUAAGGAGCAAUUGAUAGUCUUCAUCAAUCUGGCAGUUUGUGCAGUCAUUAUGAAUGGAGAUCUCAUGACCGCUGUCACUCUUGUCUCUUCCAUAUUUCCCCGUCCAUCACUUAAUUCUGCUCCUGGGACUGCUUUUACUCCACUAACCGCAGUCUCAUAUGUGCUUCCUGUAAACUGAUACUAAAUGAAAUCCUAUCAAUGCAUUGAAGAUUCCUAAAUCUGUCAUUUUAAUAAUAAAGUAUGUAUUUUUAUUCUAUUGACUGAAGGUUGU